AUGUCUGUCAGCAAGAAGUAUGCCGGUUUGCCAGAUCUGGACGCUGCCCCAGAGGUAUAUGAGACGCCAGAACUGGCAGACGAUGUGUCCACCCUUCAGACAGGAACAGUACGCACAAUCUCGCCCUCUCAUUCCGACAGUGACGAAGCCCGCCCUGGCCUUGAUCGCCAACCUCUUGAUCGUGACGGUGCACGGCGGAGGUUUGAACCCUCCGUAGUUGACGCCAGGGAUGUUGACUUCUCAGACUCGAUUGGUGGCACUAGACGCGCAUACCGGACACGCAGUUCGCGUCGAAGAAGAAGAAGGCUUCAUGGGAACGGGAUAGAGGAGGUUGACGAUCUGAGCGACAGUGAAGAGGAAACGCUGGCCACGAAAUUGGCGAGAUUGAAGAGAGAAGCAGAGGAGGUCAGGCUAGAACUGGAGAGGAGGGAGAGAGAAAAAGAACAAGAGAAGGACGAUGACGGGGAGUUCAAGGAUAGUGUGGAGGAGCAGCAAUAUCAAGGAGGAGCUGGUGGCGGUGGUGAGGACGAGGACGUGAAUGUGGACGGUGUGCGGGAACUCAGUCGAGUGUUGGACGGCUUGAGUACGAAAGCCAAACUGAAGGCCGGCACCUCCAUGGAGGACGAAUUCGUGUCAAGAUUAACGUCCAGUUCACUCCGAGGCCAGCGACAUCAGCCGAAAGAACUCAACGAGAUAUCGUCGGGUACAGCGGCGACACCAUCCACCCUCUCAGCUGUGGCAGCCUUCUCCGAUCGCCUCACUGCCCUGGAAUCCGCCCUGGGCGUCUCCUCUACAGGUGCGGUUUCUCAAACUGGAGCCAUCCUCCCUACGCUGGCAAGCUUGUCUACCCAGGUCACCACCUUAUCCGCCACGCUUGCACCACAAUCAACUGCCUCUGGAGAGACCUCAUCCUCGUCGACAUCUCAAUUCAAUACGGCCCUGCUAGAGACCAUUUCUACCAAACUAAAGACCCUCAUCGCCGAAUCCGACCGACUAGCCGCCUCUCGCAAACAUGCCCUCGCGUCCCUAGCCGACCUGCAUGACAAACGAAUGCAACAACUCGUCUCCGCAACCGUCCACUCAAAUACCCGCCCGCGCCUCCGAGGCCUCUCAACUGCAAGCAGUUCUGCCGCGGCGGCCGCUAACAAUGCGCACACCAACGAGAACAAACAAGGAGGAGACCUCCCCGACGGCGUCGUCGGCCCCGGCCAAGAAUCUUUGCAGAUACAGAGCCAACUGUUCUUGGACGAGCAGUCGUCCAAGAUCACGGCGCUGUACAAUGUCCUCCCCACGAUCCAGAACCUGCAACCCCUGUUGCCUGUUGUGCUGGAGCGACUGAGGACGUUAAGCGUGAUCCACAACGGCGCGGCCCAGGCCAAGGGAUUGGUGGACGAGUUGGAGAGUCGGCAGGGGGAGAUGAAGGAAGAGAUUGCGAGGUGGAGGGAGGCGGUUGAGACGGUGGAGAAGGGCAUGGGGGAGUUGGAAGGGGUGAUGAAGGAGAACGUCGAGGUCUUAGGCGGGAGACUGAGAGAGGUGGAGGCUCGGGUUGACAGGUUGGAGGGUGACAGCUGA